AGGCUUUUCCAAACAAGUGCGGGACAGAAUUGCAGGCAAGAGCCGAGGCUCAGACCAGACUUGUUGAUCUCCGCGAAGAGGCGGCAGGAGGAAAGCCGAGAGAGGAAGUCGAGCAGCCCGGAUUGAGUCCCCCCAGCAAGCCUGCAGCUUCGUUUUUUCUCUUGCCUUUCCCCUUCAAUUGCAUUUCCUCUUAUAGCUACAUAGACAAAUCGAGACACACACACGCAUACACGCGCACACAUACACACACACACACACACAGACACAGACACACAGACACACAGACACACAGACACAUACACACACACACACACACACACACACACACACACACACACACACACUCACCAGACCCAGCACUCGAAUAUUGAAGAUUAAAGACGCGUUUGCAGCCGGGAUUGGGCGGAGGGGGAAGCAGCAAGCGGCUGCCCAGCGAAGGGAAGGAGGCCUGGCACAGCCCUGGCCCACGGGCUGGGGGCGAGCUCUGCCCGCCCGGCUCCCACCCGCGUUGGGGGCCGGCAGGGACUAUGCCAAGGCCCUGGCGACCGGAGGCUGCCGCUGAAGAGCUGUCGGGAUGGAGGUGAAGGGGGACUCAUGAGGAGGAGCCACCGCUGACAAAGACCUCCCUCCAGGGGGCUGGCCCCAGCACUCCCAGCCCCCCUCCGGGUCUAGGGUCGGACUAACUGAUCUAUUCACUUGGGCCAAGGGGGGGCGGGAGGGAGGGCGAGUGGAGGCGGCCGGACCAGCGAUGCCGUCGGGCAUGACGAAGCAUGGCUCCCGUUCCACGUCCUCCCUGCCGCCAGACCCCAUGGAGAUCAUCCGGAGCAAGGCAUGCUCCCGUCGGGUCAAACUGAACGUCGGGGGACUGGCCCACGAGGUCCUGUGGCGGACCCUGGACCGCCUGCCCCGAACACGGCUGGGUCGACUCAGAGACUGUAACACUCACGACUCGCUCAUGGACGUCUGCGACGACUACAGCUUGGACGGCAACGAGUACUUCUUCGACCGUCACCCAGGAGCCUUCACGUCCAUUCUGAAUUUCUACCGCACUGGCAAGCUGCACAUGAUGGAAGAGAUGUGUGCACUCUCCUUCAGCCAAGAACUGGACUACUGGGGCAUUGAUGAGAUCUACUUAGAGUCCUGCUGCCAGGCCAGAUAUCACCAGAAAAAAGAACAAAUGAAUGAGGAGUUGAAAAGGGAGGCAGAGACCUUGCGGGAGCGAGAAGGAGAGGAAUUUGACAACACAUGCUGCGCUGAGAAGAGGAAGAAGUUAUGGGACCUACUGGAGAAACCCAACUCCUCAGUGGCUGCUAAGAUCCUGGCCAUUAUCUCCAUUAUGUUCAUUGUCCUCUCAACCAUUGCCUUGUCGCUCAAUACACUUCCAGAGCUUCAGAGCCUUGAUGAGUUUGGACAGAGCACCGACAACCCCCAGCUGGCCCAUGUGGAGGCUGUUUGCAUUGCAUGGUUCACCAUGGAAUACCUCCUCCGGUUCCUGUCCUCGCCGAAGAAGUGGAAGUUCUUCAAGGGCCCACUCAAUGCUAUUGACUUGCUGGCCAUUUUACCCUACUAUGUCACCAUAUUCCUAACCGAGUCCAACAAGAGCGUUCUACAGUUUCAAAAUGUGCGCCGGGUUGUGCAAAUCUUCCGAAUCAUGAGAAUCCUUAGGAUUCUCAAACUCGCUCGGCACUCAACUGGCCUGCAGUCUUUGGGGUUCACCCUCAGGCGAAGCUACAAUGAGCUUGGCCUACUCAUCCUCUUCCUGGCCAUGGGUAUCAUGAUCUUUUCCAGCCUAGUUUUCUUUGCCGAGAAGGAUGAGGAUGACACCAAGUUCAAGAGUAUCCCAGCCUCUUUCUGGUGGGCCACCAUCACUAUGACCACCGUAGGCUAUGGGGACAUCUAUCCCAAAACCCUCUUGGGUAAAAUUGUAGGGGGUUUGUGCUGCAUUGCUGGGGUCCUGGUGAUCGCUCUUCCUAUCCCCAUCAUUGUCAACAACUUCUCUGAGUUCUACAAGGAGCAGAAGAGACAAGAGAAGGCCAUCAAGCGUCGGGAAGCUCUGGAGAGAGCCAAGAGAAAUGGUAGCAUUGUUUCCAUGAAUAUGAAGGAUGCUUUUGCCCGAAGCAUAGAAAUGAUGGAUAUUGUAGUAGAAAAGAAUGGGGAGACCUUUGGAAAAAAGGACAAAGUCCAAGAUAAUCACUUGUCUCCCAGCAAGUGGAAAUGGACAAAGAGGACUCUGUCUGAAACUAGCUCCAGUAAGUCCUUUGAAACAAAAGAGCAGGGGUCUCCAGAGAAGGCCAGAUCAUCAUGUAGCCCCCAGCACCUGAAUGUGCAACAGCUAGAGGACAUGUACAAUAAGAUGGCCAAGACUCAGUCUCAGCCAAACCUCAACACUAAGGAAUCAGCUCAGCAGGGCAAACAUAAGGAAGAACUUGAAAUGGAGAGCAUCCCAGGUCCUGUAGUGCCCCUACUGCCUGCUCGUCCAGAAGGAGUGAUUGACAUGCGCAGCAUGUCCAGUAUUGAUAGCUUCAUCAGCUGUGCAACAGACUUCCCAGAAUCCAGCAGGUUCUCCCACAGCCCGCUGGCAUCCCUCUCUAGCAAGGCAAGUGGCCCUGUGGCCCAGGAACUCAGCUGGAGGGGCCCUUCAGACUCUAGCGGGGGCAGGUUGUCAGACUCCAACCCAACCCCAGACGGCAGCCAACGCUCCAGCUUCUUCAUUGAGAGCCCCAAGAGUUCCAUGAAGACGAAUAACCCCUUGAAACUACGGUCACUGAAAGUCAACUUCAUGGAGGGUGGCCAAAGCUCACCUUUACCUAUGGGCAGCAUCCUGGGGAUAUAUUCAGAUCCUCUCAGAAACCGGGGUGGAGCCACCAUCGCAGGCCUUGAGAGUGCUAUGCUUCCAGAUCGAUCCUUACUGAGCCCAGAGUCCUCUAUCUACACCACAGCAAGUGCCAGGACACCCCCCAAAUCCCCUGAGAAGCAUGCAGCAAUAGCAUUCAACUUCCAUGAUGCCAGUAUCCAUCAGUACAUUGAUGCAGACACUGAUGAUGAAGGGCAACUGCUCUACAGUGUGGACUCCAGUCCCCCAAAGAGCCUUCACAGCAACACCAGUCCAAAGUACAGCAUCACCAACAGCGGGUUCCUCAGGCAAAGAGACAGUGUGCACAGGAUGGACAAGAACCACCAGGAGCAUUCCCCCUUACCCACCUCACCCAAGUUUCUAGGGCAGAACUGUGUUUAUUCCAUGGAAGCAUUGACUGGAAAGAACCAGAGAAGUCAAGAAAAGGGCAAACUAGAUAAUCAUAUAUCUCCAGAGGUCCAUGUGUUGCCAGGAGGUGGAGGCCAGGGAAGCACAAAGGAUCCAAGCAUCUGAAAAGCCCUAGACCGGAGACCUGUUGGCACGUUCCUAGGGAUGCUGUCUGCUCCCCCACCACUGAGCUUUUCUGCAUGAACUUUACAAAUGAAACAAGUCACUUGUUUCUAAAUAAAAUACAGAAUGAAGUAUAUCCAAGGAAAUGUCCAGAGCAGUCACACAAAUCCUGCUCUGGAAGUAUCAUCCUAAGGUACUUCCCAGUCCACCAAACCACCCAUCAGAGUGAGGCUGGCCAGGCUAUCCAAUAUCUCCUUGGAUCUCUCCUGUUAACCAUUCUUCUUUGGAGGGACUGGGAACAAUGUCCACAGCAGUCCCCCUACCCCCUCCCUCCCACACACUCUCCUCUUCCCAGAUCCUUGUACCCCAUACCUCCAUCAAGACACUUCAACCUCAAGUGUUCCAGCCUUGGAUGGGGAUAUCCCCAUCCCUCCCAGAGAAGAACAGAGCAGGGUACAGGAGCAAACUGAUGGGAAAGGAAGGGAAGGGGGGAGGACAAGUCCAGUCUGGGGUCCUGCUUCCCAACCAUUGGGCACACCAGUCCUCUGCCUCCUGGAUGGAGACAGUAUUUCAAGGUGGCAGGGGACGCUUACAUCAAGGAAAUGUGAGCAUUCGUACAAGCCAAGGUUCUGGCCUGAAACACUUAUUGCAGACCCUUCAUCUACUUCAAUAUUCUGUAGAACCCGAGCUUUGGUUUUGAGGUCAAAGCAGGGUGAGUUGCACCACUUGUAUCUGAUUUAAAUUGACUCCUUACCUCUUGGAGAGGAGUUGGGAACUCUGAUGUUUACCCAAUGCAAUGAACUCGGGCACCAAUAGAAUGUUGUGGGAGAAAACGAGAAUAUUUUUGGAGAUUUAGCUAGCAUAGAAUCAAAAGAUAUGCAAGUGUUAAAUAUGCAAAACAAAUACCAUAAUCAAAGAGACCAUGAGUGAACCACAACAAAAACUAAUUGGUCAAAAACAGAAAAAAAAACUGCAAAAUUAAAAAGGAAAACAAGCCCCACUUGCAACGCCCAGUUUAGACUCUUCGAUGCAUCCUUCCAUGACAGGUUAUAGCAACCAUUAAAGGGAUUACUUUUGUUUCUGCGAUAUUCAUGCUAAAAAAACAGAACAAAACAAAAAACGCUAUAAACAAAAAGCACUUUACGUUCUCUCAGAAGUGGGAUCUACCAAGGACAGCAUAAACAUCUAGCACUUUAAACCAAGCACUAUUUUCAUGGGAGCCACCUGUUGUGACUAGCAAGGUUGUCACCAAGGUGUCUGUCACUGGCCACAGCUGGCCGUGUGACCUGUGCGCUGUUACCACUCUGUGUUGUGUCUGUGUCUGUGGGCUCACCUUCCCCACUCCCACCCCCACCCCCAUGAAGCUAACCUGUUCAUCCCCAUGGGUCUCAAAAGAAAAAGCUUCUAAUCCACCACCACCACCAUGACAGCAUAGGUGACCUGGGCAAUUAAUGGUCAAGUCCACUGUCCAAGGGACACCAUGCCUGCACCGCUGAGGAAGAGUGGAAAGUCUGGAGUCAGGUGUCUAUGUUCCUUUCUUAUAAAUUAGUCUUGGAAUUGUUUUCAGUGUAACUGUCUGUACAUAAUAUUGUGCUCUCCUAUUCGUGCAACCAGUGAUGGCCAGGGCAGCCCGUACAGACAACAGCAAUAAGUACAAGUGUACAUUGUCAGUUGUGGUUUGUAUCUUCAUUGUUGAUUCUCCCAUCCUCAGUACAAUGACUUCUCUGCUGCGUAUACAGCCUCAGCAUGCCGGGGGAGACAGGGAUGCCCACCGAGUCAGGGUGGGCCCUGGGUGGGCUCUGUCCUUGGCCAGGCAAUAGAGAAAAGGAGCAACUGGAAGUAUUUGCCAAGGUCUAUUCACAGUACAUGUGCAGCAAACGCAAGUGUACUUAGAGGAAUUGCUGCAAAGAAUUCCUGGGAUCCUUGUGGUAGCCUGGGAGUGUAGAGCACUCAAUGGCAACUAUCUACCAAGGGAGCUAUCCCUGGCAAGCUGUCUGGGGUGAACUACCUGCCCGUGGAGUGGCAAUGGGAGUUAGUCCGAGACGAUGUCUGCCGUUCUUAACAUCUUCUCUUUGUUUUAGUCGCCAUUCAUGUCCGUCAUCAGCACAAAUGUGAAAAUUCAGGGAAAAAAAUAGCUUUUUUUUUACAUAUAUAUUAUAAAUAUAUAUAUAUAAAGUAAAUAGUAGUGAUUUCCAAUUGAGAUAUUUUUAGAGCUGAUGCUAAUCUAUUAUGUUUUAAAAAAUGACAUUGCAUAUUUUACAUAUCAGGAAAGUGAACACAUUUAAAUAUAGCCAUAUACCAAGGGAACUCACCAACCCUAUUUCAAAUUGAUGCAUCUUAUUUGCAGGUGAUGUUGACAAGAGGUGUCUAGAUCAGUACCAUGUCAUGUUUUGGUUUGCUUUUUUAAAACUGAAAUCAAUUGGUGCAACUCUCCUUGUAACCAAAGGCCCUGUCUGCCUUGCGUGGUCACUUAGGACUCAACCCUUAGCUCGCCUAUUUUGUCUCCCUUUAAAGUAGCAUUUUGAGUCACUUUUGAAGGAUGAAUUCAGAAGUAUUCUUAAAAACCUACCUUUUAUGGCAUCAGAGCCAAAACCCUAUAGAUUUCUUAUAGAAACAGAAUCACGGAGACCCAGCAUAUACUAUGCUUGAAGAAUGUUUUGAUUUAUUUUUUAUUUUUCACUUUUGUGUGUAUGUAUUAUGGGAAAUGUAGCUCUUACCGUGCGCCCAGUUCCAAAUAAAAACAUAACAAAUCCAAAUUUUUUAAAUAUGUGGAUGUUAUGUGCGUGCACACGCAAUUUUGUACAUAGGUACACAUAUGUACAUACACACUGGGAAAUCUACUUAAGUGUUUUGAAAUAGUGAGACUCAAAUGUCCUUGGUAGAGAAAAAGUACUGAUUUGGAUCCAUAGAGUGCUCCCCUCUCCCCAUAACCACCACCAAUCCCACAGGUAUCUCAAGAAGACCAUUCAAAAGCUCCAUUUAUAGUUCUCUCCUAGAGCCAACUAAAAGCAAAUAGAAGAAAAACAGACAAGGACAAACUCUCAGUCAGUGGUUUGUACAGCAGUACAUGAAUGGGGGUGGGCAGAGAUGGGUUCAAGGUGACCCCAAGAUUCCCUUUUCUUUGGGCAAUCAGUUCAGCAAAACACACCUGGAUCCCAACAGAGAAGAGACCCAAACUUCGACCCCUCCUCUCUAAGGGAGCAAGCGUGGGCAGCUUCUGCACUAUCCCAUUACAGUUUAGGGUCAAGAAAAAAAAAUUUUAAUGGUUUUCAAAAGGGCCAGAACAGGUCACAUAAUAAGAACAUCUCCAUGCCAUUCCCAUCACCAAUCCCUACCCAAUUUGUUGAAAUGAUGACAUUCGUUUUAAUCCACUCAUGGAUCCCAAAUCAAGAGCUGGAUUCUGUGACAAAACGCUGGCCAAGACACUCAGUUAGCGGUCAGUUGGCCAUCCCAGUGCCACACUCCAGAAACAAAACUGUGGCCAGUUGUAGGUGGAGUGCUACCCCAAGGAGGAACUGGUUUCUUGAACUUUUCAACUUUGGACAAAGAAGAGCAACAAUACUUGCCGGCAGUAGUAGAUUUCUCAGUGCCUUUCUCUCUUAGGAAUUUCAUCUAAGCACACUUAAAGGGGAAAAGAGACCCAAAAGAAAGAGGAAGAAAAAAAAGAUACAUUCGUUCCUGUGACUCCCACUUUUCUAGAAGAGUUAGGGAAUCAAGAAUUCAGAAGAAAGAGAAAAAAAAAAGAUUCCCUUUUGACUGCUGCAGCCUAAGCCUUGGGAAUCAUAGUCAAUGCAAACUUCUUUGAACCUAAUCAACACAUCCUGUGGGUAACUUUGGUGACUCUAAGCCUUCUCUUCCCUUGCAGCUAAUAAGGUACCUGUUUAUAAGGAGCAAAGCGAAACAGUAUUCUCUUCUGUAAAAUUGUAAUGUACUGUUAAUAUUUGUAUCUAUUGUAUAUUUCUGUCUUCACUGAAUUAUGGCUGGUACAGUUUCUAGUUGAUGAACCGGGGGUAAUUUAAGACUUAACACCAACCAGGUCACUAAAGCCAGGUCCUCUCCCUCUCUCUUUCUCUGUCUCUCUCCCAACAAGUCUCACUUCACAUUACCCAAGAUAUUUAAACAAGAACUUGAGAAAAUAAUAAAACUCUGGAAUCCAGGCCAGAAGCAGCAAGUACCACUGUACUGAGGCACUUUGGUCAAUGGCUUCAAGUGGCUACAUGAGUGGGAGGAGGAGGAGCCACCAUCCAUUGCCAUCCUGCCAGAAUUGACCAAGUAGAACCAGAGAUUUCCCUUCUUCAAAAGUUUCAUAGCCUCUCAGUCCUUGUGCUAAGGAAACCAAAACCAACCUCACACAACCACAGAAUGUUUUGGGAUUCUCUCAGUCAGGGAGAAGAUGGCUUUAAUUAGUUCCUGAAAAGGUACAAAAGUUGGAAUUACCUCGGUGUUUACCUUUGCGCUGGCCCUUUAAGUAUCUGAUGUAUGGAAAUGUCACAUGACUUUCGUGCAUCUCAGAAUAGUCUAUUUUUCUGUUCAGAUAAAAUAUAUAUAUAUGUAUUUUUAGCAAAUUUAUAAUAGGGAAAUUGAGUCAAAUUUCUUCUUUUGUAUUACAGAAUAAUAUAUUAGGAGACUUAUUUAUGGUCAUUUCUAUAUCUGAUUUCUUCUGGUCUUUUUAUUUUAUUCCUCCCUUCCUUGGUUUUUGUUGCUCCUAGGGGAGUGAGGGGGGUGGGUUAGGGAGGGGCACAGAAAAUCCCAUCUAAAGUUUUGGUGUCUGACUCCUUUGUGGAAAUGUCUGGUAUUGUCAUUUCACAUAACUGGUAUCUGUGUUGUUCCUGUUUAAGGCUCAUAAAGCAAGAACUGAAAGUGGACGAGAGGAGGGAAGGGAAGGAGGGAAGAAGACAUGAUCUGUCCAAUGCAAUCCACCCAACAUGGAAAUCUGGAAAGGCUGUCCUGACCAUUCCUAUCCUUCCAGAUAUCCUGGAUUUACCAGGACUUUUUGGAACCAAAAUUCUCUUCCUAAUCAAAUUUCAGUCAACCUUUUAUGUUCUAAGGUUCCUUCUAGCCCCAAAUUGUCUCUUCUCAACAAAUCUGAGACCCCACCAUCCAGGCCCACAACACUACCAAAUGCAGUGGAAAUUAUGAAUGUUUCUAGACUGAAGGCCUUCCACUAGCCUCUUCCUAGAAACAUCAUCCAAGACCAGCAUGAGAUAAACUGUCUCAUACCUAUAAAGGAAAGCUACUUCCCAAGGUAUGCUGUCUAAACUUCCUUUCCUUGAAAGCUGCCCAGAUACAUAGCAAAAGAGAUGUGGAAACAAUGCAACUGUGUCUACACAACCCUCUCUUGUCCAGAUUUCCUUGAUUUUUCUGUUGAGCUUGUCCCAGGGCAAUUCUCCAGUGUCUCUCUUGGGGCAGAGAGUUUCUCUUGGUGGAAUGAAUAAAAUCAGAGUUCACAUUUCUAUAGCACUCUAUAAAGAACUAUGCUCACAAUAACCCUAGGAGGCAUGUGAUUGGAAAGUCAUUUUCCACAUUUUAUGGAUGAGGGAACUGAGAUUUAGAAAGCCAGCAUGCUAUCUAGUGGGAUAACUGGGAGGAGAACCCUGGUCUUCUUACUCGGCCAUAGUGUACCACACUGUAUCAAUGACAAAACAGAGAAAGGGAGAAGAAGGGAGGGAGGAAGGGGGAGAGAGAAAAAGAGAGACAGAGACAGACAGACAGACAAAGGUCCUUGGGGGUCAGUUCUUAAGGCAAAAGAUUUCUCUGGCCCUUCUCUUAUUUGAGAGUAUCUCCAGACUAUCUGAAUUUUUUUGUCUAGUUUCUAUUAAUGGUAAAAUAUGUAAAACACUACACUAUACGUGAGUGCAUACUGUAUAUAUGUAGGGACUUGAACCAAACUGUGAAUGAGAAACUGGAAUGGGUCACAUGAAUAAUUCUGGACCCUGAAUGGAACAAUAGCUAAAUUUCAAUUUCUAUAUGGAACAGUGAAGUGAACCAAAGAUCCUUCCCAAAUAAAUUCUGGUAAAUCAGUGUGAAGAGAGCCAAGUGUCUGUUACAAUGUGGUAGACAGAGAGCCCUGCACCAGAAGCCAGAAGAAUAAGAUUCUGUCACCAACUCCCUAGAUGAUUCAGAGUAUAUUUUUUUCCUUCUCUGGGCCUCAGUUUUCUCCUCUAUAAAAUGAGGGGAUUUGACUAGGUUAUUCUAAGGCUCCUUCCAGCUCUGGCAUUCUAUGUUUUAAGGUUGCUAUCAGCUUUGAAAUUCAAUGUUGCAUAUGCUAAGAUUCUUUUCAGCUCUGAAAUUUUGUGUUCUAUGUUCCAAGUUCCCCUCCAGCUCUGACAUUCUCCGUUCUAUGUUCAAAGUUCUCAUUGAACUGUUGUGAAGUCCCUUCUAAUUCUGAUUUGUAUGUUCUAGAGCUUCUUCCAGCUCUGACUUCCUUUAAGUGUAAAACUACUGAACAACACAGAGACAUCCCAAACCUUUCCUCCUAAGAAUUGAGCCAUUCAGUUUAAAUACAAGUAAAGGUUUGGUUAUAGUCUCAGCCACCACUUGCUUGAGAAAUUUCUCCAAAACUCCCCAAAUGCCAAAUUGAACCAUUACACACACACACACACAACAACACAACACAAAGAUCUAAGUUGUCUUCUCCCUUCCAAGUAAAGCAGAGUUUUAUUUAUUAAUAUUAUGUGUGUAUGUACUUAGGUGGAACAGUAAGAUCAAGGAGCCUCUACCUGGUAGGCGGGGAAUGUCUAAGCCUUAGAAGAAAGCUUUUUGAAGCUUCCCAUUCCCAAGUUUUGUACUUGGUUCUAAGUUCUUAUUCAAAGUUAUACUGUCUUAUUUAGGACGUAAAAUUGUUUUUCUGUCAAUUGGUCAUAUUCUUUUUAGUCAUACAUAAUUUUUGAGCAUGUGUCAUAUCUGUGCUAGAUGUUGUAGGAGACAGGAAAGGACCUCACAAUGUCCAAAGUCUAUUUCAAGAGACAAGGAGUAGUGAAAAGAGGACCUGGGUAUGAAUCCCACUUCUAUUAGCCUUGUACCAGAGACUUCCUGCUUCUGAGCCUCAGUUUCCUCCUUUGAAAAGAUGAACCAGAUGACCUUUCAAAUCACUUCCAUUCUCUGUUUGAAGGUACCUGUCAUGUCUAAAUCUUCUUCUGAUGUUUUGUCACUAGUGGACAGCUUGAGGACAAGGGGAGGGAGAGCUGGGGUACCAGGACCCUGUUCUUUCCUCCCUUCAAGCUAUAGAACAUAGCACACCCUCCAGACCAAUACCAUAUUUGGUCCCAGGUACCAAUUUUUUUACCAGACCUCCUGUAAUGCUCCCCAGGUCUGAGGCCCUCAGAACCUUUCUGAGCUGAUGGAUAGAGGCUCUUCCUCUUGAACUCCUUACCUCCAUUGCCCUUUCUCUCUCAGAGGUCAGAGUUUUCACAUUUCCCAUCCAAACAGCUUCCCAAGGAGCAAGUUUCUUUCCUGAGAUGUCAGUCUCUUGCAGUACAGAAGUGUGUUUUUCCUCCAUCUGCUAUUAGUGACCCCUUUAAAGCUAGGUGCAUUUCAAGCCCCCCAUUCAUGGUGUUAAGUGAGGUCAACAUUCAAUGGGAAUAUCCUGAGCCAGAAAAGAAGGACAGCCCUGAUCAAAGUUCCUCCUAAAAAGAUGGCUAAGGACACCCUAGGAAGAAGGCUGACAAGAGAUGUCUAAACUAGGAUCCAGACUCAGGUCUCCAGAUUCUGAGAGUGGUGCUCUUUCCAGUGCUUCUAAGUAAAAGGGACCCUUCCUCUAAAGCUCCUAGAAUGAGACAAGACUCACAGUAGCUCACUACCUUCUAUCAGGAUUUUGUCUGUACAGCUGUUGGUGGGGCAUAAUUUAGCCCAACGCUAGAUCGAAAUCUGGGUCAUCUUAUAAACCCUGUUAUAACAAGGGGUGUAGUAGUAGGAACCAGAGGUUCCUAACUUAGAUUGCAUGGACCCCUAAAAAUCCAUGGAAAGAUUUCAGGUCUAUCAUCCUGGAUGGGAAAAAAGUAAUUGCAUCUUUAGUUUCCCUAACUACUAAUUAAAUGUUAACAUUUCCUUCAAUUAUCUAAAAACAUGGUAUUGAGAAGGGGUCUGUGGGCUUCACCAGACUGCUGAAGGGGUUCCUGUCACAAAAAGAGUUAAGAACCCCUGCAAUAGACUCACACCCCAGGAUUUCUUCCAACACAGACAGCUCAACUUCCAAGGUUCCAGUUAAGUCAGUGUCUAUGUGGGGAAACUCUAGCAACAUAUUUCAGAAUCUGUCUUUCAGGAAAACACCUACACCUAUAGGCAAUCACCACUUCUUCUUUAAAAUAAUAAUAAUAAUAACUUGUGUUUCAGUAGUGCUUAAAGAUUUACAAAUUGUUUACCUUAUAAUAGCCCUGUGAAGUAUAUAGUAGAAAUACUAUUGUCCCCAUAUUACAGAUGAGGAAACUGAGGUAAAAUGACUGUCCAGAAUCACAGAGCUAAUAAAUCCGAGAGUUGAGAUUCAAACUGACUCCAGGUCUGGCAUACUUUUUGUUAUGUCAGACUUCCUAGAGUCCUUCAUGUCUACAUUAGAAACCUAGAAGGAUCUUUCAUUUUGAAGAUCCUGCAUGUUUGACAGCACAGGACAGGAGAACCAUAAAUGGAAAUGUAGGUGGAGUUUGGCUGAAGAAAAGUACAAAUCCCCAACACAAAUGGGCUUCUCGUUAGAAACCUUAGGACAGAGCUUUAGAACUUUCCCAGAAUUCCAAAAUCUGGUAUUUGAUUUCAAGUUGGUAUUCAAAGUUCCAAAGUCUUCUUUGGAAUGUAGCAGAUCAUUCUGAAGUCCUAGUACAUAUUGGUUCACGAGGAAAGCCAGCCCAAGUCCAGAUCCUCAUUCCAAACUGAAUCUCUGCUAUAUUCUCAUUUUUUUUUUUGAGGUCCUUUUGGAUUCUGGACUUGUUCAGAAAGUCUCUAAGCCAGGUUAGCAUUAGGGGAGCUCAGACACAUAAAUUUGCUCAGCACCAAAACCAUUCUGGGAAUUCAUGGGUCAGUAUCCCUUCCCCUACUAUAGCAUUUGCCAGCCUCCCUGCCCCUUCCCUGGAGCAUGCUUUGCCCAUAGUAGACCUUCAAAAAUAUUUUGAAGAUCAAAGAAAUUUUGGGGCCAAUGACCACUAAGAAGGUGGGGUAGGAUGGAGAGGAGACUGUUUCACUCUCUAAUGCCCUUGAGCCAAAUUCUCUGGUAUGUUCUUUAGUCCUGACUCAAAUUAGAGCCAGGACAAUGGAGGACCCCCAAGUGAAUGAACCAGGAGUGGCACCAACCAACUAUGGUGGGACAAGUGAGAGCCUCCAAAUCCAGAAUCAGGGCUGCACUUACUGGGAGGCCUAAGAGGGGUUGUCUCAACCUCUGUCUUUUCUUUCUGGCCUCUACUUUGUGUGUAAGCACACAUAUAUACAUGCACACACCCAGACAUACACCCUAUCCCUCAAGGAAGACAGUUUUCAAAUAAGGGAAAAUCAGCAUUUUAAGAUCUCCCAUUCUUAAGAACAGAGUUACCUGUCCCCAAAUUCAGAGGUCGGAUGUAGGAGGCCCACUAAGGAAAAUGGUAAAAAUCAUAGUUUCACAGUUCACAAAGCUCCUUCUGCACAAUGAGCAUACAGAUAGUGGGUUCAAGUGUUGUGAUCCCCAUUUUAUAGGUGAGGAAACUGAAGGUCAAAGAUAAGAAUCAGCAGAAUGGAGACACACCCAGGUCCCCUCACUCCCAGGCUAGCAAUCUUUCUUGUAACUGCUCAGCAACACCCCCUCAAACCCCACCACCACCAAGAAAAAGAGCAAAAGAAAGAGGAAACUCAGCCACAAACUGGAAAACCAUUAAUGGAAGGCCCAGACAGAUGCAAGCCAGCCAGCUUAUAGACCAAACUGCCCUGACCCUCCCCUGUGGAGUAAGUGGUCCUACUUCUCAUCCCAUGCCGACAGCAUGGCAUGACCCUCUCUCCUCCAUUGGGCAAGAGCACCUCAGCCUCCUCUUCCCCUCCCCCCAGGGCUACUGAGUUAUUUUUGCCUCCUAAGCCAUCUGAUGCCACUCUGACUGGGACAGGGAGCAAGCCACUGACAUUAGCCAUAUUGAUGAGUGCACUUUGUCUCUGUUUCCUUUAGGUAACAUUCAUCUAGUCCUUCUUUGUUCCAAGUUUAUUGACCUCUCCAAUCAUUUCCCUAAAGGGAAGAACAAAUGUCACACACACUCACACACAGAGGAAAAGAAACUCGAUGUCUUUAUAUGCAUGUAGUAAGAUGAAACUGUGAUCAUUGUGUGACAUUCAGAUACUGUACUUUAUUGUCUUGUAAAUUGUGUCCAAAUGUCUAAGGGUUUUCGAGCAAUGGUCCCUUGCUGCAAACCGCGGAAUUAAAUAAAAAGGUAUGGAGAAAA